CACACUCCACCCACUGCAGUCUGACAGUGUGUGUGUGUGUCACUGUAUACUGUGUGAAACAAGCUCCAGCAGUCAGUUUUUGGCUCUGAGCUCGAGGCUGACGGACGCGUCGAGCGUCUGUUUACUGCUGAAUUAUUAUGUCGAGCGCGAGUUAGACCACUUACAAACUAAACGCAAAAGGAAAAUUAUCGCGUUUUUAUUUUUUGGAGUACAUCAGCAAAGGAUUACGGGACUGCACGUUUGAUUUUACACAGAACAUCCGAUAAAACCUUCAACAAGAUGUUUCGCGUUUGGGAUGCCUCUUUAAUGAUAUGCUUCUCUCUCUCACUCAUGUUCGUCGGAGGUGAAGGCAAGUCAGAGCUCCCUCCACCCAGGAACCUAACCUUCACAUGGGAAACACCUUUUGAACUUCAUCUGACAUGGGAAAGGCCGAAGGAUCUGGAGCCAGAUUGCAAAGUGAACUACACAGUGAACGUGCACCAUUCUCAGGACUGUUCUGAAAGAGACAAAAAGUUCCCGGACAGGAGAGUUCAAAAAACGAGCUACAAACUGAAUAUCUCCAAUGAGAACGGACUGUGCAUCAGUGUUACAGUGAACCCUAUAAACUGUAGAAUCAAACAACAAAGUCGACCUUCGGAAAUUAGCAUCCCUCCACCAUCAGUGAGGCUGGUGAAAAACAUGAGUUUCGAGUAUUCCAACAACAGUAUGAAGUGCACUUGGAAAUCUGAUAUUAAUGUCCCAGACCUUGGUUUGUAUUAUUGGUCACCUCAGAAUGAAACGGUAGUAAAGUGCAAUGAGAUGAAGACUGGAGAAUGCAUCAUACACAGUACAUUUCUCAAGGGCAUGACAAAGAUGUUGUACCUGUUCAAUGGCACUUAUAAGGGCCAACCUGUAAACAACACAUUCAUGACUGCAGGUCCAAACCAUUUCGUGAAACUAAACAAACCUAAACUUACAAUCCAGAGAGUUGGACAUGAACUCCAUUUUCAAACACAUGGAUCACAUUUAGAGUUUUAUCAUGACUGCUACUUAUAUAACUACAUAUACAGCAAAUGCAAUGAGCAUAAAAAAUCCCAAGAAUUUACUAAAACACAUAAAGUGGAAUAUGACUCAAACUGCAAGUACAGAGCCAGAGUGCAGAUCAUCUUCUCAGACAAAUGUGGUGAUGGGAAGAGUGACCUGAGUGACGAGGUGGAAUAUGGAGAGGACAGAGAUCCAAAUUUGCCUGCAUUGCUGGCUGUCAUUAUUAUCCCGCUCAUAGUUUCCUGUUGCCUGAUAUUUUCUCUUGUGCUGCUCAGAAGACAUAAAGACAUCAUAUUCCCGAAAAUCCCAGAGCCAACGCUUAUCUUUAAGGACAUGCUUAUCAACAACAUAAGAAUGGCCGAGGAUCUACGGAAUACUGCAGAUGGCAGACUGUAUAUCCCUUUUGAAGAAAUCGUAGAAAGCAAGAUUAGUCUCGAACCUGAGACACCACUUAUACCAAACGCCACAGAUAUGGCGUACAAGAAGGUAUAAAUAUUUCUGAUGACUGAAAAUAUGUGGGUAAAUCAGGAUGGACUCAGGUUGCACUGAAAAUUUACACUGUCUGGAAAAUGUCUAUGCAAGGAGGAGGACUAAACUCCUGCUGUCUGUUGAUAAAUAAUGAACUCAGGCUCCAUAUACCUUUUCUGAAUGGACUUCGACCUCAUUUAUUGCAGUUGCUAGUAAACUGUUUUUCUUGGCACCACAGUGGCUUGUUUUCAUUGAAUGUAUUGUGAAGAUAAGAAAAGCAAUCCAGAGACCAUCCUGGGGCAGGUUGGUUGGCUCUGAUCAUCUGGUAUGUGAAGCCCACACUGUACCCACUCAGUGUAUCCAGAGGCCGGCAGGCGACAAGCGGCUUCGUAGAGGAACACUCAAAAAAGAUUCAUGGAAUAUGGAAAUUGUGACCUUAGAUCUCUUGGACCUCUGAUCUCUUGUGCACCAUUACUGAACUUUGCAUGCUUGUUCAUUCAGCCACAAUUUAAAAAAUAAUUUUUUUGCAAAAAAAUAAAAUAAAAAAUGCUUUUAAGAAA